GAUAGAUAGAUAGAUAGAUAGAUAGAUAGAUAGAUAGAUAGAUAGAUAGAUAGAUAGAUCUUUGUCCUGCUUAUCUGAGUCUGGUUCACAGGCCCAGCAGUUUAAACAGAGAAUCCCAGGCCUCCCUCUCCCAAGGCUACCUACUUCAGCUCAUCUGGGUGCGAUCCUGAGGCAUUCCAAAGGUAACCGAGAGAUAUAAUCUCACUUAGAAGGCACCUGGGAGACAUUCUGGAGGAGGAGUAGACCUCCACUGUUAACCCGUUCAGAAUGACCGAGCUCCUUAUCCUAUCACUAGAACUGAGCCCAGACGCCCUUCGGAGGUCGUUCAUUUCUGGAACCUCAGUCCUAUAGUCACAGCUUGUGGCUGUAGCUGAAUCGCCACCUUGGGGAGGUUUUUUACCCUAGUGACCCCAGGAGCUGUGUCGCUUGGGGCAAUUUGCUCCUGAUAGGCUCUCCCAAGGCAGAUUGUUCCUGGGUGAGGGAAGAAGACAAAUUCAGUGAACCCCCAUGUAAAGAAAGCAAAUAAAGUGAGCAAGUUACCUUGUUCAUGAGAGGACCACAAGAGCCCCACCCCAGAGCCAUGCCUAGGAAAUGUGGACUAUCAUAAAUAAUUUUGAAGUUGCUGUAUCUAUCUACAGAAAUCGAUAGAAAUAAGAAAAUCAGAUUUUUGUAAAACCUUCAUAUUAUUUUAUUCUCUCUGAUCUGUGAAUAUAAUAAAUUAUUUACAAAAAGGUGUUUAACUGACGUCAGAUGGUAAGCCUCGAGAUGUGAUGCUCUGCUUUAUUUAAAUAAGGGUAAAUUCUUCACCAGCAUUUGCUCAAAUAAACAGCAACAAUAGGGAACAUAUUUGUGGUGGCUUCAUACAGCUGUUGUUUUAUUUAAGAAGACAUUGCCUGGCCACAUCUGUGAGGAUAAAUACAAAACUAAUUAAGAGUGAAGACAAUCAUUUUGAUAACAGAACUAGGAAAUUCUCUUACCCAGGUUAGCAACAUUUUUUCUUGCUUUAUUUUGUGUUUUCUUUGUUUUAUUGUUGGAAAUAGAUAUUUUAGGAUAUCAUAACUCUAGGAGGGGAGUGAUUUGAAGUUUAUACUGCUGAAAUCCAGCAGGGUCUGUUUCUGCAGCUGCCACACACAUUUAUUUUCAUGUGCUGAUCACUGUCUCCUCUGUGCUCACAAAGCAAAGUGGAUCACUGAUGAAUAAUGCAUACGUGCGUUCUGAAUCGUUGCAUUACAUCAUGCAUGGAUGGGAUGAUUUGCGUCUGCACUCCCAACAUAAGUGAUGCAGUAUCAUUUUAUUUCCUGGGAACAUUUAUGUCAAACAGGUGCUGCAGGUUGAAGUAAUCGCACUGCUGCAAGUAUUUCAUUAAAGAGAAAAAGCAGGCAUCUGGAGUGAACGAUGCAAUACCUGCUAGGAAUGACACAAUCAUCCAUCCAUGCUUCCGCUUAUCCUUUUCAGGGUCGCGGGGGGUUCUGGAGCAUAUCCCAGCUGUCAUAGGGCGAGAGGCAGGGUACACCCUGGACAGCUUCCCCUUUCUAUGAGGGUUAAAUGACUGGGCCUACUAAUUAUGAUAUAUACCGCCAGCCGUAAGGUUAAAAAGUUAUAAGCGUGUUUUUGUUAUGCUACAGCGUGUCAGUACAGCAUAUAAGCUGUGCUGUUCCUCUGUUGGUCACACUAGAGUUGCUUAUCUUAUCUUAAAAUUCAUUCACACUGUUCUAUUUUCCGCUUCUGCUUUUCCCUUUAGUGAUACAAAAAGAUAUGACUUACUGUUUCUUCUUUUUACGAUUUUGCUCAAGGUAACAGAGCAUUUGACAUCUUUUCACAAUGAAACUCUUUUCUCCUAUUUCCUGGCUAUACGGUGUAUAUACAGGAGCUGCCAGAAUAUGACAGAUAUGCAAUGACCUGUGCGGUGACCCCCAUACGCGCAAUAUGCCUUACAACAUCUAGUUGCGGGAUGUACGAUGUGAGCGAAUGUGACUUGCCUCGUGGGGGAGAGCGGGGAACAGGUGCUGGCACUGUCAGCUUGUUAACACUGGGUAGAGAAGUGGCUCCUUCGGCAGAGUGCUGCACAUAUGCAACACAUUGCCUUUGGCUGUGGGGCGUACAUUAUGUGCAGGCAUGCGUACAUGUGAAAAGGCGGUGAGCGUAUGUGCAUUGCACACAGUCAUGCUUCUGGGCUUCUGGGUGGAUUUAUUUGAUUUGUCUUCCCGGGGAUUAUUCAGGUAAAAAAAAAUGCACAGUAGCCUCAACUUUCUGUGUAAAUGUGUGUCUCGAUCAUAGGUGUUGUGUAGCGUGUUGCUGCAGAGAGAAAUUGAAAUACAAACAAAACACAGCCACUUAUUUGUUGUCCAAUAGUAAUUUAUAGGUUUUGGCAUACAUUUUGUUUUGGGAACAUUGUUAGAGGGUUAUUAUGUAGCUCAGUUUUCUACAAAAGCUUUGGGAGCCAUAGUUAUAUGAAACCCCCCUUGGGUUAUGUGCAAAAAAUUCUCUCAAACAUCACAAAUUAGGCCCCUAGAUGACCCAUUUCUAGAAGAACUAAAUUGACACAAUGAAUUAUUCCAUCCAGUCUUGUGGCCUCUAUAACAAGUCGGGGAGGUAGAACAGAGGAUAAAUUAGGACACUCAAUUCUUGCUUCUCCCAUUUAUUCCAUCAAAGCCAUUUAGACAGAUUUGCCCCAUUUGCCCAAUUUAUUCUGUGAUUUUUAUGCCCUCUCGUUUGGAGGAUGGGAAAGAAAGAAGAAAUGGAUAUGAUUUUGGAGAAAUUGGUACUUUGUAGAUAAAAAAGACAGACAUAAUGUGUUGGAAUUAAUUUAAUUCUGACGAAGUUGUAAGGAAUUUGACAUACUGUUUUCCUUUUUGUAAGGACACUCGUGGCACUCUGCCCCAAAUACAUCACUAAAAGCUUUCAGCUAUAAAGCCAAAGGAAAGAGUUAGAAUAUAGUUUAGAGUAAAAUUAUGGUUCGGCGGAGAAAGAAACGGUAAAAGAUGGAGAAUAUGGGAGAAGGUUCAGUGAGGCAGAGGUGUAACCUAUUUAAAUGUGCAACAUGAACUUACUUUUGUAAAAGAAACAAAGUACAGUGAGUACACACGUGUGUCUUGUUGCCGCUAAGCUUUGCAUAGUGCUGUACAUCAAACAGACCACAGCAAAACAAGAUAGUCUCGAACAAAUACUGCUUGAGCUCAGCUCCACUGCCAAAUCCUCUAGGCCCAUAGGGUAUAUGGUUACUGUCACCUGUGGGUUAAGGCCUCCUCUCUGGUUUGAUGUCUGAAUAUUAGGUUAUUUGAUGCUGCUCUUUCAAGUCAGCCUGACAGGACAAGACAGCAAGCAGAUUUCCCACAAGUACUUUAACUGCUCAGCAGAGAGACAUCUUCAAAGCCCAGCUCCCCUUUGUGCCCUCUAUGUUUUGUAUCCAGCUGUAGGUGCAUUUCAUGUCAGUUUGGUGCCGUCUAGUGGAGUUUGUGUAGAAUUGCAGGAUUUAUUCUGUUAUUUUUUGUUUUUUUCUGUUGAAGUGACUGCUUUGGGUUUUUUUUUUCUUUUAUCCACAGUGACAAUGGUGUUGUUUCUGAUUGGGAUCUCUAUUCCUGUGAAUAAUUCUUCUCAUGAGAACCAAACUGCAGGAAACUCCACCCAUCAGGGUGUGCAUGUGUUGCCUUCAACACUGGUUUUAUCCCUUCUUCUUAUCAUCGUUGUCCUGCUGACAAUCUACUGCUUGCGGUUCAAAAACCACAGGAAAGCUCUGGUUACCUCAGUGGAUAAAAAAAUUCCAAACGGCUUCUUGGAGGAGCAAGGAGAGCAGACAGUGGUCCUCCUCCCCAGAUCUCCUUCACCAUCCAAGAGGUACUUCCCUAUCCCUUUGGACUCAUUGGAGGAGGAGUACCGGAUACGCUCUGCAGAUGAUGGCAAGCUCUUCAGAGAAGAGUUCAAUUCACUGCCGUGUUACUACCACCAUGGGUCCUUUGAGGAGGCGAGCAGAGAGCACAACAGAGAGAAAAACAGAUAUCCAAAUAUUUUACCAUACGAUCAUUCAAGGGUGGUGUUAAGUCAUCUCGAUGGACACUUGUGCUCAGACUACAUAAAUGCAUCUUACAUAGAUGGUUAUAAAGAAAAGAACAAAUUCAUUGCAGCUCAAGGUCCAAAACCUGAGACAGUGGCUGACUUCUGGCGGAUGAUUUGGGAACAGAAAACAACAACUAUAGUAAUGCUGACGAAUUUAAAAGAAAGGAAGGAGGAAAAAUGUUAUCAGUACUGGCCAGAAAAAGGCUGCUGGAUGUACGGGAACAUCAGGGUGGCGUUAGAGGAUGUCAUUGUACUGGUGGACUACACCAUUAGAAAAUUCUGUGUUCAAUAUCAGGGCAGCGAUGGUCCCAGAGCUCCCCGGCUGGUCACCCAGCUUCACUUUACCAGCUGGCCAGACUUCGGAGUGCCAUUCUCACCCAUCGGCAUGCUGAAAUUCCUCAAGAAGGUCAAAGCUGUCAAUCCAUCCUACGCUGGACCUAUUGUUGUGCACUGCAGUGCCGGGGUUGGGCGGACUGGGACAUUCAUUGUCAUUGACAGCAUGAUCGACAUGAUGCACAUAGAACAGAGAGUGGAUGUCUUUGGGUUUGUGAGCAGAAUACGAGAACAGCGCUGUCAACUGAUCCAGACAGAUAUGCAGUACUCCUUUAUCUACCAGGCUCUGCUGGAGUACUAUCUGUAUGGAGAUACAGAGCUAGAUGUGUGCUCUCUGGAGGGCCAUCUGCAGAGGCUUCACAACACCAGGGCUCCCCACGACAGGCUGGGCCUGGAGGAGGAGUUCAGGAAGCUGACCAACGUUCGCAUAAUGAAGGAGAACAUGAGAACUGGGAACCUUCCUGCCAACAUGAAGAAGAACCGUGUGCUUCAGAUCAUUCCGUAUGAUUUCAACCGAGUAAUACUCUCAGUGAAAAGAGGACAGGAGUUCACCGACUACAUCAAUGCCUCCUUUAUUGAUGGCUACAGGCAGAAGGACUAUUUUAUCGCAACCCAGGGCCCACUGUCUCACACAGUGGAGGACUUCUGGAGGAUGGUGUGGGAGUGGAGGUGCCAUUCAAUCGUUAUGCUCACCGAACUCAAAGAGAGGGAGCAGGAAAAGUGUUACCGGUAUUGGCCAUCAGAGGGCAGUGUAACAUUUGGAGAUUAUACGGUGGAGCUGACUGGAGAUACACAGUGUGAAACCUUCACUCUCAAAGACAUGGUUCUCACCUACAGACCAGAAAAGCAGUCACAACAUGUCCGACACUUCCACUUCCACGGAUGGCCUGAGAUCGGAAUACCAGCCGAGGGAAGAGGGAUGAUUGACAUUAUUGCCGCUGUGCAGAGGCAGCAGCAGCAGUCUGGAAACCGUCCCAUAAUUGUGCACUGCAGUGCCGGUGCAGGACGGACGGGCACCUUCAUUGCCCUCAGUAACAUUCUGGAAAGAGUGAAAGCUGAAGGCCUCCUGGACGUUUUUCAGACAGUCAAGAGUUUACGCAUGCAGAGACCACACAUGGUUCAGACCGUGGAGCAAUACGACUUCUGCUACAGAGUGGUCCAGGAUUUUGUUGACAUUUUCUCAGACUACGCCAAUUUCAAAUAGUGUAAUAAUGCUCUGUAUGCUGUGUGUCAAAUUAACAUAUGCAAUUUUUUCUGAAUGUUGUUUUCUAAAGCAAGCAAUUGUAGUAUUUUGCACAUGAGUACAGAUUUAAACUAAAUGGUGUAAUAUACUUUAAUAUAACUGAAAACAUGUGGUCUACAAAAAAGUCUGUCUCUUAUGAGAAUGUUUGAUCUUCAAGUACCCCACUGUAAAAUGUAGUAAUUCAAAUUUUACUUAAUGGCUUGGAUAAAUUGUAAAAAAAGAAAAUUAUAAUGCAAAUAUACAACAUUUUAGAAUUGUUAAAGCAAGUAUUAACUGAAUUCAACAUUAUCAACA